CUUCGCCUCCCCCGCCCGCGUGGUCGCUGCUACCGCUGCCGCCAGAAGGAGCCGGGGGAGGACGGUGGCCUGUGAGGCUCGUCGCAGACAACGCGGCGGCGAUGUCCGCGAGCCAGGCGAGUGCCGCGGCGGCAGCGGCGGGGCCUCGCGGGUGCAAGGGCGGCCUGGGCUUCGGCCUCCCUCCGGUUCCCUGGAAGCGGGCCGGCGGUCAGCGCGGGAGUAGCAGCCGAGGCGGAGGCUCCAGCGCGUCUCUCUCCUUCCCUUCAGCCUGAGCCAGGGGAGGCCAGGCGGCCCGGGUGGCUGGAGGGGGGGUCCGCUGUCCGAGAAUGGGAAUUCUCUUCACCAGGAUAUGGAGACUGUUCAAUCACCAGGAGCACAAAGUUAUCAUUGUUGGGUUGGAUAAUGCAGGGAAAACUACUAUACUUUACCAAUUUUCUAUGAAUGAAGUUGUACAUACAUCCCCUACAAUAGGAAGUAAUGUAGAGGAGAUAGUGAUUAAUAAUACACGUUUCCUAAUGUGGGAUAUUGGUGGCCAAGAAUCUCUUCGUUCUUCCUGGAACACUUACUAUACUAACACAGAGUUUGUAAUAGUUGUUGUGGACAGUACAGACAGAGAGAGGAUUUCUGUAACUAGAGAAGAACUCUAUAAAAUGUUAGCACAUGAGGACCUAAGGAAAGCUGGAUUGCUGAUUUUUGCUAAUAAACAAGAUGUUAAAGAAUGCAUGACUGUAGCAGAAAUCUCCCAGUUUUUGAAGCUAACUUCUAUCAAAGAUCACCAGUGGCAUAUCCAGGCAUGCUGUGCUCUUACUGGUGAAGGAUUGUGCCAAGGACUUGAAUGGAUGAUGUCACGACUUAAGAUUAGAUGAUCUCUCCUGACCUGACCUCUUCUCAUAGACUUUGCAUAAACGAAGUGCUGGACUUCGUCUGAAAGUUGCAAAAAUUAAUGGUUUAGAUAUAUUUAUAAUAAACUGAUUUAAACUUUUUCUAUAAGAAGACAAAUUAAGACCACUUAUUUGAAAACAAAGAUGAAAUCUCACCUUCCAAUUUGCUUUUCCAUUAGUUCCUUCCAAAGUAAUUUAUUAAAGCUGUGAUUGACAUUUUUCCUGUAAUGAAUCCUCUCAGGAAAUUGUGUAGUUUGUGGUAAGUAUAAAGGGAGAGGAAGAUGUUUUGAACUUAAAGAGCUUUAUUAUCAGUAUAACCCUCCCUAGUUGAAUUUCCAUUUUCUUGUUCCAUUAAGUCAAAAUACAAGUCAGCACAGAUAUUCAGUUUCUAAUAUUUUAAAAUGUAAUGUUACUUAUGAAAAGUAUUUUGUAUCAGGUUGUGUAUGUAUUGUGUAUAUACCUCACUUUCAAGUUAAUGGCUUUGAUUUACGUUCUAAAGAAAAGCAAAUAAUACAAAAAUUAUCAAUAUCCUUAGUUAUAACCAUAAUAAGUACUGGCAUUGGUGUUAAGUACCAUUUUGUACUCUUCUUUAUGUUCUCUGUAUUGUAUUGACCAAUCCCCAAAAUCAUUGAGCUGCU